CAUUAGGAGGUGAACGUGGGCUUAGAAUGGGCCCAAACCAGAAUAUUUUUGUUUCUUCCCGGUUACGGUAGAACCCUAAAGCCUAAAGAUUCUCAACCGCCGGUGCGGACGUAGUAACUUGAACUGCAGAGUCAGUAUAUGAGCAGACAGAGCUGAGUGAUCAUCACAAUCACAACCACAAUGGAACCCUACCCGUCCUCAUCAACUGCAAUCGCCCAAAAAACCUGGGAACUCGAGAACAAUAUAAUAACCAUCGACACUCCUCCGACCACCGCGGCGGACGCUUCGUCCGACGCAAUCUUCUAUUACGACGACUCAGCGCAAGCUAAAUUUCAACAAGACAAACCAUGGGCCAACGAUCCUCACUACUUCAGGCGCGUCAAGAUCUCCGCCCUUGCUCUCCUCAAGAUGGUUGUCCACGCUCGAUCCGGUGGGACCAUCGAGGUUAUGGGACUUAUGCAAGGCAAAACCGACGGUGAUUCUAUCAUUGUUAUGGACGCUUUUGCCCUUCCUGUUGAAGGCACUGAAACUCGUGUUAAUGCCCAGGCUGAUGCUUAUGAGUAUAUGGUUGAUUAUUCACAAACGAAUAAGCAGGCAGGGCGAUUGGAGAAUGUUGUGGGGUGGUAUCAUUCGCAUCCCGGGUACGGGUGCUGGCUAUCGGGGAUUGAUGUUUCGACCCAAAUGCUAAAUCAGCAAUUUCAGGAACCUUUUUUGGCUGUUGUUAUUGAUCCAACUAGGACGGUUUCAGCUGGUAAAGUCGAGAUUGGUGCUUUUAGGACUUACCCUGAAGGUUAUAAGCCUCCGGAUGAUCCCGUCUCUGAAUAUCAAACCAUUCCGCUUAAUAAGAUUGAAGACUUCGGUGUCCAUUGCAAGCAGUAUUAUGCUUUGGAUAUUACUUACUUCAAGUCCUCUCUUGAUUGCCACCUGUUAGAUCUCUUGUGGAACAAAUAUUGGGUCAAUACUCUAUCGUCCUCACCUCUGUUAGGCAACGGUGACUAUGUUGCUGGUCAAAUUUCAGAUUUAGCUGAGAAGCUGGAGCAAGCAGAGAAUCAAUUGGCUCACUCCCGAUUUGGGCCCCUUGUAGCACCACCUCAAAGAAAGAAAGAGGAAGAAUCUCAACUGACUAAAAUUACUAGGGAUAGUGCUAAAAUUACAGUGGAGCAGGUUCAUGGGUUGAUGUCACAGGUAAUCAAGGACAUCCUUUUCAAUUCUGUACGACAAUCAAGUAGGUCUCGCACGGAGGGUUCUGGUCCUGAGCCAAUGGUUGAAACAUGAUAAUGGAUUUGGAGUGCUGAUGGAUUCUCCUGAGUGGUUUAACUGGUGGGAUUCAGAGAUUUUAGUUUAUUUCGGGCUGAUGUAAAUCUUUUAGGCAUCCAUCAUUGGUUUAAUGGAAAUUUCACAUCUUGGCUUGUGUCAAUUUAUAUAUCUCCAACUGAUUAACAAGGUAUCAUGUAUACAUAGACUUAUUUUUCA